AUACAGCUGCUAAUGUGUUGAUGCGCCAUGUGCUGCUGUAGAGAGGGCGCACGCUUCUUCUCGCGAGGAGUGAGCGCGCGGUCUGUGCGCGGUGACACAGUCAUGAUGGCCGCCGUGCGUCGCUUUCUGGCUCUCCGGAACAAGUUCACCGGCUCCACAAACGGUUUAAGCCUCUACUUUAACAGCGGGCAGUCGUCGAGGGAAAGAGCAGUCCUGAGGCGCGUGGGGACGGGACUGUGUAUCACCGUCGGUGGAUGCGCUGUGGUUUACUACCAGCGCAAGUCGAGUCUGCGUGCAUUGAUUUCUCCGCUUCCAGCAGUCGCUGCGAAAGAGAAGGCCAGCGCAUCUGCUGAAGAUGAAGAGGUUUCGAUGUCAGCCCAUGAGCACAGGUUCAGGCUCUUUAGUUCACUGGAGUACGAUGGACAGCUUUACAUGACUCCCCUCGACUUCAUUGAGUCCGUCACUAUGAGCGAACCAAAGAAAAAGAGGUUUUGGAGAUCCCUCACAAAACAGGAUCUGGACAAGAUUCUGUCGGAUACGCCACCUGUUUGGAAAGGAUCAUCCUGCCUGUUCCGAAACCUGCGGGAAAGAGGUGUCAUCGCUUACACAGAGUAUCUGUUUCUGCUUUGCAUUUUGACAAAGCCGCAUGCGGGUUUUAAAAUAGCUUUCAAAAUGUUUGAUGCAGACGGCAACGAAAUGGUGGAUAAGAGGGAGUUCAUGGUGCUGGAAGAGAUAUUCCGGAAAAAAAAUGAAAAGAAAAAAGAGCGGGGAGGAGAUUCUGAGAGUUACUCUCAACUGAGCGUGGAGCUGUACGGACAUCAGGGAUCUGUCAGCAGCAAUGUACUUAAAAAAGAGCAGCUUCAGUCUGAACCCAGAAGUUUCUGGGAUGUUCUAAGGCAUGGUGCGAGAAUAGUUCUCUUUUCAGAUCUCAUGGAGCACGAACCUGAAAAUGUCACCGACACAACUCUACUGGUGCAUUUCUUUGGAAGAAAGGGCAAAAGUGAACUUAACUUUGAUGACUUCUACAGGUUUAUGGACAACCUGCAGACAGAGGUCCUUGAGAUUGAGUUCCUCAGCUAUUCCAAGGGAAUGACCACCAUCAGUGAGGAAGACUUCGCUCGGAUCCUGCUGCGUUACACCACAGUGGAGAACAUCGCAGGCUACCUUGAGAAUGUCCGUCAAAGCAUACCUGAUGAGAAGGGCAUCACGUUUGAAGAGUUUAGGACCUUUUUUCAGUUCCUUAACAACUUAGAGGAUUUUACCAUUGCCAUGCAAAUGUACAACUACGCAAAUCGCCCAAUUGGACAAGAUGAGUUUGCACGGGCGGUAUAUGUGGCCACUGGCCUGAAGCUGUCACGACACCUUGUGAACACCGUUUUCAAGAUCUUUGAUGUGGACCAUGACGAUCAGCUAAGCUACAAGGAGUUCAUCGGGAUAAUGAAGGACCGGCUGCAUCGUGGCUCCUGGGGAUAUAAAGGUGAAGAGAGAUUCACGUCCUUCAAAGCCUGCAUGAAGAAGGAACUCACUGCUAAGUAGGUGAAAGUCCCGCCGAGUGCUUCUCCUCACCCUCACGCUGAAGAAAUCUCAAGUUGGAUUAAAGCUCUCAGUGACUCAAUGCAAUUAUCUACCUGACCUGUGUCAAACUCUGUUAGAUACAAAUACUGCCGUAAUUAGAUUAACACAUGCUACCUCCCUAGACUGUAGUUGCAGCUUCGGCUGGCACUUCGCGAACUCUUUAAAAGCCAUUAACUAAAAGGGAUAACGCUUUAAUGAAAUAGCCAUGAUACUUUUAUUAAUGGAAAAGUUAUUUAUUAAAGGUCUUAUAAAUUUAAACAGAUACAUUAUGCAGUUUAAAGUCUUUAUUUAUAAAUAUAUAUUACUAAAUUUAAAGGGAACUUUGUUGAAGUUAAAAGCGCUGAAUUCUGAUGGCGCGUAUAGUUAUUUAUUCUAUUUAUUUCAAGAAAAAGUGCUCUUGGGUAUUAAUGCCUCCGUAGUUCCGUAUUGGCAACGCAUUGUUCUUUUUGCUUCUCUAGGAGUUAUAAGCCAGAUAAUCUUUCCUUACAAUGAGCACAUUGCUAACAUAGUUUCUCCGAGCUUGUCCACUGCCCACCACCCAGAUCAGCUUACACAGGGUCUGACGGUGCUGAGUGCACACAGCAAUAAUGAGCCCUCAGUAAUCUCACAAUGUGCUACACAUACAGAUCCCUCUCUCCACCUCUUUCAUGAGUUUCUUACACUGCCGCUCCUUUAAGAAACAUCUUGUGAAGCCAAAACAACAAAUGAGAAGAAACUGAAUCCCACUGAACUCUAAUCAGGCCCGGUUUCAUAGAGAUAUCCAUCUCUGUGAAUCAUUUUAUAAUGGUUUUAACUGACAGAUCUUCAGAAUAGCGCAGACAGCGCUUUAGACUUAAGUUCUGAUUGUCCUUUUAGGUGAUAAUAAGCGUGUUACGGACUUUUUGAUUGUUAUAGUGUGUGAUUUUAUUGUUGAACAAAAAGGCCAGCGUUAGUUGUCACACAUUACUCUAGUGAAUAAUUCUCAGGUUGUUUUAUUUUUAAGCAGAUGUUUUAAAUCACUGGCAACAAAAAUCUUACCACCUUUAUUGCCCAGGAAAUAAGAUUCAGUUUUUUUUUUUUUUUAAUUGAUCCUAAUUUAAGACAAUUUUGAACCAACAAAUAACAGACAGGUCAACAGGCAUUUGUGUAACUGGACGUUUUACUCAAAACUUUGUUUUAUUAUGAACUUUUGUGACAACUGCCUUGUGUGACAGUUAGCUCCAGUCUCACCUAACAGGUUUCUGCAGAUUACAAGCCUUAUCUAAUUAGCUGUUUCUUAUAAAUCUUCAUGUUAAAACUUGUCUUUUUCAGUCAUCUGACUUGCAUCUGUCAUUGCCAUUAUGUGAAGUAUACUUUUUAUGCAUUAGCAUUCAGAUUGCUUAAAAGGUUUGCAUAAUUAAUAAUAAUAAAAAAAAAUCACAAUAAUAA